CGAUGUACUUCAACGAUUGGCAGGAACCAGAUGCGGAGCUCGCAGACGAAGUUGAAGAAGAAGAAGAAGAAGGAACAGAGGAUUCAUCGUCGCCUCCAAGCUCUUGCUCGCAAGGCCACAGAUGUUCUCUCAACCUCAGGACUCGACAUGGAGGCGCCAUUUGCUUGCUCUGCCUCUCCAACCUCCUCACCGCCCCUCGCCCGCCCACCGUCCACGUCUCCUACGCCCUCUCCCAGCUCUCUCGAGCCCUCUCCGACCCCCCGUUCCUCCGAUCUCUCCUCACCUUCCACGCCCACCUCCUCGUCUCCCCUCUCGUCCACGCGCUCUCCACCUCCGACGACGAGCCGAUUGCUUGCCAGAUCAUCGACCUGGUCGUUCUUCUGUCGGAUUCCGGCCGCGAAUCGGCAUUGGCUUGUGAGUUCGCGUCUAGGGUUUCGGGCCUGCUCUGUUCUCGCGCGCUGGGGUGGAGUCGACGCCAGGUUUAUGUGCUCCACUGCUUUGGAAUCCUUCUAAACCAUGGGACAAUUGAUGUUUAUGCCUCAAUUAAAGAUAAACAUGUCUUUGUUGUUCAUCUUAUGGAUGGUCUUCAACUACCGAGUGAUGAUAUCCAGGGGGAGAUAUUAUUUGUGCUUUACAAGUUGUCAGUCCUCCAGCGGGAAUAUGGGGAUGGUGACAAAAGUGAGCCUUUUGUUUCUUGUAGUCCCAAGCUCAUACAUCUGUCGUUGGAUGUCCUCUUGAAGACCCAAAGUGAUGAUGUUCGCCUGAACUGUGUAGCACUUUUGUCGAUGCUGGUUCAGAGAGGGUUUCUCAAAGAUCCAUAUGACGAUUGUAUGAGCAACUUGAGUUCUGUUGAAGCUGAUAGUCCUGUGCAAGUUACAGAUGAUUUAUCAGAUAUCUCUUCCCUCACCUUAUUUUCAGAGGCCAUCAAAGGUCCAUUGCUUUCAUCAGAUGGUCAAGUCCAAAUGGGCACGUUAGAGUUAGUUGCCUAUUAUUUACGUGAACUAAAUUCAGUCAAGCAGUUUCAACUUUUGGUGGAAGCUAAUAUUGCGGAUUAUGUAUUCGAAAUUCUCAGGUUAUCAGAAUGCAAGGAUCCUGUCAUCAGCUCUUGCCUUGGAGUUCUUGAUCUCCUGUCAAAUGCUGGACAAGCUUUUACACAGAGACUUGCAGUUGGCUUUGCCUCUCUAAUUCCUGUCUUUGCUUAUGUUGCCGAGGUGCCUUUUCAUCCUGGUCAGCUUCAGCUACUGAAGCUCGUCUUUAGUUGCAUUUCUGACUGCCCUGGAGUGGCAUCAACUUCACAAAGUGAACAAUUAGCUGUUAUUUUGGCAAGGAUGCUUAGAAGAUAUAAUGAUGGUGAAACAGGCAUGCUUUCAGAAUCAUUCAUGCUGAUAUGCUCUAUCUUGAUGAGUAUGAUGAAUUCCCCAACUUGUCAUGAUGUCUUAAAUCUAACAACGUGCAUUCAAGAGUCAUUAAAAGAUGCCAUUUUGGCUUGUCUAAGUGCCACCAGAGAGCAUACAGACCUCCUCCUGCAUUCCUUGCUUCUACUGAAAGAGGCCUUUGCUUAUGGUUGUGGAGGUUACCCUGUCAACAACUCCAACAAGAAUGGAUUGCAACAUUGUGUCAUCGAUAUAUGUAGACGAUGGCUAUUGCCUUGGCUAUGGACAUCCAUCAAAGGAGAAGAGGAGGAUGAGGAAACUGUCCUGGGCGUUCUUGAUAUUUUUCAUGCAAUACUUAUUCACAGCUAUCACGACCGAACUAGUGAAUUCGCAGAGGACCUGAUAUCUAGUUCUUGGUUCACCUUCUCAUUCAGCUGUUUGGCUUUAUAUCCAACAGAGAGGAUGAAAGGCCGAAUUUAUCUGAUGAUGAGUUCACUCAUGGAAGUUCUACUUGGAAAUGAUUGUGGGCAGAACCUUAGGGAUGCUGUGUCUUACCUUCCAUCUGAUCCAAAUGAUUUGCUGUUUCUGCUGGGGCAAGAGAGUUCCCAUAAUCUGCAGUUGUCAUUUUGUCAAUCUGCGGCCCUCCAAAUUUUGUAUUGUAGUUCUUUGUUUGAUGAAAGGCUUGCAGCUGAUAAAAUUGUGUUAGCUUCCAUUGAACAAUUCAUCCUUGUCAAUGGGUGUAAUCUAACAAGCACUUCUAUGAGUUCGUCAACUGCUAUUCAACUAGUUGCUGUAUAUAGUCUGUAUAGGGGUCUUGCCAAGAUGAGCUACCAAAUGCCAUAUAGUCCAGAAGCUGAGAGGCUCUUUAUACAACUAGUCACCAAAAGUGAAUUGGAUCUGCUGUCUGCUAGAAUUCACCCUACGUCACUUAAAUGGUUGUUUCAACAAGAGAAACUCUGUGAAUCACUGUCUUGUCAGAUCUUGACGUUCUGCAGAAUUAGUCCCAAAUCUGACAACCCAUUAAUUGUCCAUGGGAAAAAGGUACAUGGUCUGGAUGUGCAGUUGAUUGCAGAAUUGGUGGCAGCAGAAGACAAUUACGCUGCAAAACUUCUUGUGUACAUAUUUGAAGAGGUUGUCACAGAAAAUAACCAAGAGAAUGACUUGACUUCAGUAUUGAAUCUCAUGGAAGAUGUCAUACGUAUGUUUCCUGAGGCUUCUAACAGAUUAUGCUUGAAUGGAAUAGCAAAGGCAAUUCACAUCUUCUAUAAUGAAUCAAGCCCAUCUUCACAGGUAUACACAGCCACAGCAAUUUUCAUUUUCAACAUAUUGAGUUCAGUUGACUCAGAUGCUCUUGCUGAUGAUGAAGCUUGGGUUGCAGUUGCUUUGAAGUUGAUGGAUCACUUGAUCUACUCGGGCGACAUAGGAAAGUGCUCUACUUGUUGCUUGAUUCUUGGCAUUUUGUGUUUGGUUUUGCACCACUCAACAAAUGGAGCACUAGUGAAGGCUUCAAAAACUGUUCUUCUCAACACUUCAUUGGCAUCAACCUUGUCCAGUGCUAUUCAUAUGGCCUGUCCGAAUGGACCAGCAAUGGAUAACAUUGAUGAGGGAACAAAGGCUGGAGAAACUUUGUUACAUGUGCUUUUAUUGCACUAUUUUGCUUUCAAAAGCAUGCAUGCCAUUUUACCAAGUGCAGUGGACUGGGAUAAUCUGAUUGGUCAAUCAACAUGCGUCGGGACACGUCCUUUCUUAAGCAUCAAGUGCCAUGACUUGUGCAGGCUGAUGCAUUUCGGACCUCCUCUUGUCAAGCUCGUCGCUUCACACUGUCUGUUGGAGUUGUUUAUUAGGUUAUCCGAACAGAGAGACAGCAAGCAUGAGGACCUAUGCACAAAUAAAUACUGGAUGUCACUGAUGGCUGUAUUUGAAGGCUUGCUUUUGUACAAUGAUACCAGAGUGGCAAUGAACAGUAGCCUUUGCCUAGCAAUGAUCUUGAAGUGGGAAAUACAGAAAGUAGCAGAAAUAUUCAACAGGAGAAGAAUGUGGUGCAGAUUGAUUUUGGAAGAGUUGGUGAUAUCUCUGGCAGCUCCGUCUUUAGUGUCUAAAUCUUCCACUAAUCACCACAAGGCUGCUAUCAUCGUAGCUGUAGCACUACUGAAGCUACCUAAAGUUCCAGAAUGGCUGCGGUCGGUGUUUAAUGAUACCUUCUUGACUGGUAUACUCAGAAACCUCACAGGCAGUAACUUGAGCGCAGAGAUUUUCCUCCUAUUGCGUGAGCUGUUGAACUCUAAGCUCCUGUGUGCUGAUGAUCAUGUGGCUAACCUAAACAGGGUGCUUCAGGAAUCCCGGAGCCGCACGUACGGUGAAAGCAUGAAAGCAGAAAGCAAAGAGAAAUGUCUAAAGAAGGUUAUUGCCGUUGACGACGACACAGGAGCAACUAUCGAUUUUCUCAUCGAUCUGAUUGCUUCUGAUUCUCGACGAGCAGAGUCUUAUGGAGGACUUCAAAUUGGCAAGGAGAGAUUGCUGGAUGAGAUAGAAAUGUUUUUUCAGGUCGAUAGCAGCAGAUGAUGUUACAAGACACUCAUAGAGUUCCCAUUAUACCGUGGUAUCAUAUUUUUGAUAGACAAAGAUCCAACAUUAAAAGUUUCAAAUGAAAUCACACCAACAUAUAAAGUCAUUACACAUCUAAACUCCAGAAACUCCUCGCAAGUAAAACCUUAGGAAGAGAUGCACAGACAUCCAGUGACAGGAGGAUGAAUAUGAAUAUGCUCAAUGGAGGGGCAACUAUCUUAUUUGGCCAAACCAUCAUCAAAGAAGUCAUCAUGCAAAU